AUGGACUGGGAUGAGGAUCUUGUCCAGGGCAGUGGCGCAACAGGGGUCAGUGCGAGUCAGGUGGUUCUUCAGGCCAUCAAGUCGAACGCUCUAGCGCUAGAGCAUUCAGACUCGAGGCUGAAGCGCGACCGAGAGAUCGUGCUCACCGCGUGCUUGCAGCAACCACACUGUCUUGGCUUCGCUCUGGAUUCCGUCAAGAACGACGACAUCUUCAUGAUUUCUGCCAUUGCCAGGCAACCAGUGACCCUCCAGUAUGCUUCCGAUCGUUUGAGAUCAAACAAGGAGGUGGUCCUUGGUGCGUUGAAGAGCCAGCCAGAGGCCAUCAAGUACGCCGACCCUACCUUGAGGAGCGAUGUGGACUUCCUUCGAAGAGCGCUUCAGAUGAAUCCGGAGAUCUACCCUCACUUGGACGAGCCACUUCGGAGCGAUCGCACAUUGGCAAUGGCGGCGAUAAGGAUCCGCGGCAGCGCGCUGCAACAUCUACCGCCAAGCCUCGCACAGGACCAAGACCUCAUUCUGCUUGCAGUGCGGACUUUCCCCAAGGCCUUCUUUUUCGUGCCCGACGCACUGCAGUCGGACAAGGAGUUUAUCCUCGCCAUGGCUUUGCGGAAUCCUGAAGUGCUUCAGUGUGUCCCGGAGUCAAUGCGCAACGACAGGCACUUCGUCAUGUCGUUGCUGAAAGCUUGCCCUGCCUGUCUGGAGCACAUGCCCUACGAGUUUCAGGCGGACGCAGAACUGGUCCUUGCUGCGCUGCAAUUUGAUUCUCAAGCAGGGGAGUUGGCCGAGGAUGACAUUAUGCCGGAGCAGCCGCGGCCUUCCUGCGACCGAGGCCCCGGUUCCGGUGGCCGCAGCUCCCCGCUCGCCUUCGCGGCCCACGUGUUGCGUUCAGACAGACAGUUUCUGCUGGCGGCUCUGGCGUUGGAUACUGAAGCCUUGGUCUACGCGUCAGAGGAUCUCCGCAGAGAUGAAGAGUUCGUCCUUGCAGCCGUGGAGGUGAACGGCCUCGCCCUUUCGGGUGCCUCCCCAUCGCUGCGGAGCGACGCUGCCUUUGUUCAGCGUGCCCUGCAGGUCGAUGGUCGUGCGCUCAUUGCUGUCAACGACCUGCUCAGGGCCGACAAGGACAUAGUCCUGGCUGCCGUGACUAGUCGGGGCGAUGCCUUGAUGUAUGCCCCCGACAUCUCGCGGGCAGACCCCGAGAUCGUUCUACGCGCAGUAGAGCGGUGGGCCCCGGCGCUCCGGUUUGCAUCACCAGAGCUUCGAGGGACUCCUGCAGUCGUCCUCAGCGCCGUCCGAGUGUGGGGAGUGGCCCUACAGUAUGCACAGCCGCAGGUGAAGGCAAACAAGGCCGUCGUUCUGGAGGCGGUCAAGAACGAUGGCUUGGCUUUGGCUCAUGCGGCCCCUGAGUUGCGGGACGACGAGGAGAUCGUCGUUGCGGCUGUGAAGCUUUGGGGCGGCGCUCUCGAGAACGCAUCUCCACGGCUUCGGGCAGACAAAGGCGUUGUGCUGGCAGCUGUGCUUGGAUGUGGGGUUGCUCUCCGUUAUGCGGAUGAGUCCUUACAGGCCGACAAGGAAGUUGUUCUCGCCGCAGUGGCAAACGAUGGUCUGGCGCUCUUCCACGCCGCACCAGAGCUCCGCGGAGAUCGCGCCGUCGUUGCGAGAGCCAUCAAGAGCCAUGGAUCGUCCCUUGCAGGAGCAGCACAUGAGCUGCGGGAGGACAAGGGCCUGGUGCUCUCCGCUGUGGCCAAGCGCGGCGAGGCUCUGCGCUAUGCAGCCGAGGCCCUGCGAGGUGACGAGGAAGUUGUUCUUUGCGCGGCGAGAACCUGGGGCUCUGCUUUGAGUUGGGCCUCGCCAGCGCUGAGGCGACGGAAGGACUUCCUUUGCCGGAUCAUGGAGGCCCACUUUGCGACAGAGCGUGCGGUGAGCCCAGCAGACAGAGGCUGGCAAAGUCUGCGCCUUUGA